GCGCCGCAGCCCGCGCCGUGUCCGCGGCGGAGCCGCCCAGGUGCCCACAAGGAUGGUGGUGUGGCCCUAGGCCCAGGCUCCGCACCAUGACCUGCUGGCUGUGUGUCCUGAGCCUGCAGCUCCUGCUCCUGCCUGCAGCCCCGCCCCCGGCCGGGGGCUGCCCGGCCCGCUGUGAGUGCACAGCGCAGACGCGUGCGGUGGCCUGUCCCCGGCGCCGACUGACCGCUGUGCCUGACGGCAUCCCGGCCGAGACACGCCUCCUGGAGCUCAGCCGCAACCGCAUCCGCUGCCUGAACCCGGGCGACCUGGCCGCCCUGCCGCUGCUGGAGGAGCUGGACCUGAGCGACAACGUGAUCGCGCACGUGGAACCCGGCGCCUUCGCCAACCUGCCCCGCCUGCGCGAGCUGCGCCUCCGCGGCAACCUGCUCAAGCUCAUCCCGCCUGGCGUCUUCACGCGCCUGGAUAACCUUACGCUGCUGGACCUGAGUGAGAACAAAUUGGUCAUCCUCCUGGACUACACCUUCCAGGACCUGCGCAGCCUCCGCCGGCUGGAGGUGGGCGACAACGACCUGGUGUUCAUCUCACGCCGGGCCUUCGCGGGGCUGCUGGCCCUCGAGGAGCUGACCCUGGAGCGUUGCAACCUGACGGCGCUGUCGGGCGAGUCGCUGGGCCACCUGCGGGGCCUGGGCGCCCUGCGGCUGCGGCACCUGGCUAUCGCCGCCCUGGAGGACCAAAACUUCCAGAGGCUCCCGGGGCUACUGCACCUGGAGAUCGACAACUGGCCACUGCUGGAGGAGGUGGCCGCCGGCAGCCUGCGGGGUCUCAACCUGUCCUCGCUAUCGGUCACUCACACCAACAUCACCGCCGUGCCAGCUGCCGCCCUGCGCCACCAGGCCCACCUCACCUGCCUCAAUCUGUCGCACAACCCCAUCAGCACGGUGCCGCGCGGAUCCUUCCGUGACCUGGUGCGCCUGCGCGAGCUGCACCUGGCUGGAGCUCUACUGGCGGUGGUGGAGCCGCAGGCCUUCCUGGGGCUUCGGCAGAUACGCCUGCUCAACCUCUCCAACAACCUGCUGUCCACGCUAGAGGAGAGCACCUUCCACUCUGUCAACACGCUGGAGACGCUGCGUGUGGACGGGAACCCGCUGGCCUGCGACUGCCGCCUGCUCUGGAUCGUACAGCGCCGCAAGACCCUCAACUUUGACGGCCGCCUGCCCGCCUGCGCCACCCCAGCCGAGGUCCGUGGCGAUGCGCUGCGCAACCUGCCAGACUCAGUGCUCUUCGAGUACUUCGUGUGCCGCAAGCCCAAGAUCCGCGAGCGGCGGCUGCAGCACGUCACGGCGGCCGCGGGCGACGACGUACGCUUCCAGUGCCGCGCCGAAGGCGAGCCAGCUCCCACCGUGGCCUGGGUGACGCCACGGCACCGCGCGGUGACCGCCACCAGUGCCGGCCGGGCGCGCGUGCUGCCGGGCGGCACGCUGCAGAUCCGGGAUGCGCAGCCCGGGGACAGCGGCACUUACACGUGUGUGGCCAGCAACGCGGGUGGCAACGACACCUACUUCGCCACACUGAGCGUGCAACCUGAGCCGGCCACCAACCGGACCCUGGGUGAGGGCCGCAACGACACGCAGGCGGCUAUGCGCUUCCCGCUGGACCUCACCACCAUUCUGGUGUCCACCGCCAUGGGCUGCAUCACCUUCCUGGGCGUCGUCCUCUUCUGCUUCCUGCUGCUCUUCGUGUGGAGCCGUGGCCGCGGGCAGCACAAGAACAACUUCUCCGUGGAGUACUCCUUCCGUAAGGUGGACGGGCCGGCCGCGGCCGCGGGCCAGGGCGGCGCCCGCAAGUUCAACAUGAAGAUGAUCUGAGCGGCCCCCGGACAGCUUCCCGGACCCCGGCUGCUGGGCCUGGGCUGGAGGCUGCGUCUCUGUCCAUGUCCAUGCCAGCCCAUUGCUGGCCGUGUGCCGACCAUGACCACCUAUGCAUUUCCCAUAGGGGGCGGCCACAAGCCGGCUCCUAGCAGAACUUCCCCUUUUUUGUAGAGACCCAACCACAGGACUGUUUUUUUCAUCAGGAUGCAUCUUUUGCAGAGUUUCUCAAGUAUUUUGUAAGGGUUUCACCCUGUCUUCCUGCCCCUGGUGUGUUCUCUGAGCAGAGUGGGGGUGGGUGGGUCUCAGAGACUCAGGGGCCUCACCAUAAACAGCUCACACCUGGUGGAGAUGGUCUACACCUGGGAUUCCACGGAAGGCUGCCUGCCCCCAGGCCAGGGCUCGUGAAAGCCUGCACCAUUCACACCUGGAUGCCCCCCCACACACACAGCACACACUUAUGCAACUCUGGGACAUACCACCAGACACACAGCCCCAGAGUGGAACACACACACACACACCUCACACCCAGCUGACACUAGGAAGGUGCCCUGAGCUCCAGAGAUCACUGCAAGUACGCAAGGCUCACGGGAGAGCACAACCCACCCCCGGGACAGGCAGCUCACACCUGUGACACACCCAGCUCACACCACACAGUCAGCUCACACCAGGCCCCGCUCAGCUGGCCAUCUUGGGACAGAUCUCAGGGGCUGGGCUAGGGUCUCACCGAGCAGAUCAGGCCCACCCUGAAGGGGUCCAGCACACAGGAUGGUCCCUGACCCGCUGACCCAGGCCCCUGCUUCCAGACUCCCUCUCCCCAGGACCUGCUGGCUCACUAGGAGAAGCCAUUUCCCCAGCUCCUCCCACCAGCCCUUCCAGCUGCCACUUGCUCCCCAAGCCCUCACCACACAGGAGGGACAGCUGUCCUGGCCCCUGGCCCAGGAGCAUAACUUCCACGGUGUCCCUCUUCAGCAGGCAGUUGGAGUGAUCUUCAGUCCUGAGUCUGACCCAUCCCUGUCCAGCCCUGUGGCCCACUGCUCACCUCCAGAAGGAGACCAGAGCAUGGAUGGUUCUCCAGGUCCCUGUAUUGUGCAUGGCAGGGGCAGUGAUGGGGAGCAAGGGCAGGACAGGAGGUCAAGGUACAGAGAGGCCUGGACCUGGGUCAUUGGGAGAAGGUGACAGAGACAGCUUUGUCUCUGCACCUUUGAGGCCGAUCUAGGGCCAAAGAGUAGGGGAUCACAGACAGAUUUUACCUCAGGUGAAAGAGCUUCCACAAGAUCAUGGCCCUGUUGCUCUACAGAUAGUGAGUACCCUGUCACUGAGGGUAUGCAAGCAGGAGCUGAGGUUUUGCAGAAGUAUUCAGACACCAGAUGGGACCAUCCAUGACCCUGCCUCCCCCAGCCUGGUCUUUGCCCCGACUCUCUACCUCGGCCAGACCACAGUUAGGGCAUCACCAGGGGGGAAGGACACAGAAAAUAUUGUGGGGCCAGAGCUGGGCUGGAAGGGAGCUUGGUUCUGACCAGGAGAUUAGACAGGAUUCUCAAGGACCUCAUAUCAUAGGAAGGCUCAAAGCCAGCUCCGCUCCUGCCCAGUCGUAUAAUUUUAGUUGGUGACUAAGGAUCACCUGGACCAUUGAUAUCCGUGUCUAUAAAAUGGGUCUGAGGGUAAAGCUUGGUGAUUGACUGGGAGUCUGGGUCCCUUGAGAAUUUUCUGAGAUGAGCCAGAGGGAAAGCUGUCAACCCUGGAAGUUUUGAGCAAAGGAGUCAUACAAAAUUGGAAAGGGGACACUGGCUAUUCUCCCUGAGCUGGAAACAUCGAGAGCCUUGGUCCUGUCCCCACAAUGGGCACAUGGGCCAACGGGGCUGACCGCAGUCAGCCAGGGGUGGGGACUCCCCAGCCCCAUUCACAGCAGGAUGUGAGUGAGGACCAAAGGGGAUGUCCAGCAGUCCUGUACUCUACCUGCAUCGAACAGAAUGGACUAGUUUUUUCCCCUGAACAUCCUCCUGACCUUGGUUGCCCUGACAACCCAGAGGGCCCCUCAAAAUGACAUCCAAGUGCCUUUAGCAUCAUCCAGAUGGGAGAGAGGUCUUAGCAGUGUUAGGACUUAGAGAACGUCAUGAAUUGGGAUCUCCCAGCCCCUUCUGCUGCCCCGUCCCAAAACGAACCAAGCCCCCCAAGCCCCUACCCUGCUGUGUUUGAUUUGAAUCCAAUA